GCAGCAGCGUCUUACAUCUGGCAGGUGCGAAUCGCAUGCCAAACAUUCGAGGUUCUCUGCUCCUUGUGUUCAGAAGACCAUCUUACCAGCAUCUUCACCUAGAAAGACAAUGGUCUCCACAUACUCUAAGUCGACAUUAUCCGCUAGUAAAAAGUCCUCAAGUCGAUGAAGUCAGAUAAAGAUAAUUUUAAAAGAAUAUCUACUACGAAACUAGACAAUAUGUUGGCAAUGGACAUCCCUAACAGACACCAGUGGUUGUUAUCACUUCAUGUGGUAAACCUCUGUGCGCCUUUACAUGCCUGCGUCAGCUCGAGUAGUCUUUUGACUCGCACGAUACACUCAAACGAAACUCACCUACAAGUCAAACAUAACCACAGUACAUCUAACUCUGCGGAAGAAUGCACUAAUCCGAUCGAUGUGGAGCAAGCUGUUGCCGCAAGCAUCAACAACCAUGCUCCAGAAUUUAUUCCCCACUAAU